UCUUUGAGAACAUAUAAAGACUCAUAUUCUAUAGUUCUUCAACAGUUACACAUCCACUAGAAAAAGGCAUUCUCUUUGUUUAGCUAUCAAGAUUGUACUUUCUUUGUGUUGUAACUGAUUUUUUUGUUUUAACUUUUAACUUUGAAAACUAGUUACUUCAACAUGGAAGAGGUUGAAGCAGCUAACAAAGCUGCUGUUGAGAGUUUUCAUAGACUUAUAAGUCUAUUAUCCCUAGACCAAGAUCAUGUGCAUCAUAAGAAGCUCAUUGAAUCAACAAAAGAUGUUGUGAUUGGAUUCAAAAGAGUUGUAUCUAUUCUUGAUAAUGAUUUAAGUCAUUCAAGAGUGCGAAAAUUCAAGAAACUUCAAACACUUGUUCCUCAAAACAUACUUUUAGAAAAGGAUCAUCAAUCUUUACCAAAACCCUUUCAAGAUGUUGUCAAAAGCAAUUAUUCAAUAGGAAACUCGAUUCAAAUUCCGCAAAAUAUCCCUUUUUCUAGUUAUCAAUUCUUCCAAAACCAACAAAAGUACCAAGUUAGACAGCCGGCUGAGAUGAUGUAUAGGCAGAGCAACAGCGGAUUUACUUCAAGUUUUGAUAGCUCAACUUGCACCCCUUCGAUGUCAUCCAAUAAAUCUUUUGUUUCUCCGUUGAGUAUGGAAGGAAGCGUGGCUAGUUUGAGUGGGAGUUCGAUGAGUUUGAUGGGAUCAUCACGGUUAAGUGAUCAAGAGACAUACCAACACAAAAGGAGGUGUUCGGAUAGAGGUGAUGUUGGGAGCUCUAUUGGUAGUAGUAGAUGUCACUGCUCCAAGAAGAGACAUAGGAUUAAAAGAUCAAUCAAAGUUCCUGCUAUUAGUAACAAGCUUGCGGAUAUCCCCCCUGAUGAGUAUUCUUGGAGGAAGUAUGGCCAGAAACCCAUCAAGGGUUCUCCUCAUCCGAGGGGAUAUUAUAGAUGUAGCAGCAUGAGAGGCUGCCCAGCAAGGAAGCAUGUGGAAAGAUGUUUGGAUGAUUUUGGAAUGCUUAUUGUCACAUAUGAGGGUGUCCAUAAUCAUCCCUUGUUACCUUCUCAAUCUCUAAACACCUAAAUACAUAAACUUCUGUUUUGAAUCUUUAUAUUUUUUUUCUUUGAUUAGCAGUUGGGAGAUUCAUGUGUAUGUACUAGUAAGAGUUAGUGAAUAUAUAAAUCAGAACAACACAUUAACACGGCCUUUUGAAUGCUCUGUACCACUGUAAUAACUCAUUAUCGAGGUCUACAUCUAUAUAGAUAGAAAAAAGAUCACCAUUGUGAAGCU